UCUGCACUGAUCACUGAACAACAUCUGUCACCUAACCUCUCGACAAUGACGAGCACCAGGGUAAAAAGAAAAGGAAUAUACCGCUCGAUGGGCAUGCGGAAAGGCCCGUGUGAUUCCACCGAAAUCUCCGGCAAAGCGGUCGGGCAGAUGCUGCGUCAUGUGGCCAUGCUGUAAAGGAUAACUUGUGCGUAUUUAAGCCAUGGAUGUGUCUAGGUUGAUGCAGAUUUUUGUGUUCCUCUUGCCGCUGGUAAACCAAGUCCCAUCAAUCCGCUUUCCCAACAUUAGCGGCCUUCUCUAGUUAGAUCUUUCAGAGAGCCUUUUAGAGAGAGAGAGAGAGAGAAAGAGAGAAAGAGAGAGAGCAGGAAGAAUGGGUUUUCUGGAACACAUCUCUGAGAUCUGUUCGUUCCCGAGCAGUCACAACAAGUUCAAGAAGAAGAACCAGUUGCAGACGGUGGAGAUAAAGGUGAGGAUGGACUGCGAAGGGUGCGAGAGGAAGGUCAGGAAAGCAGUGGAAGGCAUGAAAGGGGUGAGCAGCGUAGAGAUCGAGCCGAAGCAGCACAAGGUGACGGUGGUAGGGUACGUGGACCCGAAGAAGGUGAUAAGGAGGGUGGCGUGGAAGACGGGGAAGAAGGCGGAGCCGUGGCCGUACGUGCCGUACGACGUCGUCGCCCACCCCUACGCGCCGGGGGCCUACGACAAGAAGGCGCCGCCGGGGUACGUGCGGAACGUGGUGGACGACCCGGCCGCGGCCCCGCUCGCCCGCGCGAGCUCCACGGAGGUGAAGUACACCACGGCGUUCAGCGACGACAACCCCAACAACUGCAGCGUCAUGUGAAGGCCGAAGAGCCCCUCGAUUAAGCUUUUGGUCGUGCCAAUAACAGUCCGCAGUGUGGUGGUGUUGUGUUAGAGCACUGUUCUUGUGAUUUGUAUGAAUAUAUUUAUUCUUUUCCCUCCUUUUUUUCCCCCUUUUUAGUAGAUCGUUCAUGUUAUGUCGAAAGUAUGUGAUUGUGUUAAUUUGAGUUUUUUCUUUUUCUGUAA